AUGUUGGUGCAGUAAAGACCGACUAGAGCAUGACAAAACCUACAAACUGCUGUAAAGCAACUUUUGACAAUUUCAAUGGUGUUCGGCUGUUUUGUAUUCAAUUUCCAAAGAAACUACAAAAUGAGAGGCAAUGGCUAAAAAUUAUAGUUUUGCGUUCGGUAUACUUGCUACAACUAUUAUUUGUUAAUGGUACAGAUAAUACCACCAUUGUCAAUUUUCUUCAAAUUGUAGAGAACAUCUAGUGAAUUGUCAAAACAUUAAUUCAAGGGUAACGACCAUCAAUACAAUCUACAAUUGUAGUUUAUGUUUAAGGUUAAAACAGCCACAGAUAGAGUUAAGGAUAUGGCCAAGAUCAGGGCUAUAGUUAGAACUAGAGUCAGAGUUAACGUUAUAGCCAAUAUCAAUGCUACCCCAGAGUCAGAGCCAGAACUAAGGCAAGAUCCAAAACCAGAGUUAGGGCUAUAAUCGAGGCUAGUAUCAAAGCCAAAGCCAGGGCUAAAACUAGGACCAACGCCAGAGUCAGAACCAAAGCCAGAGCCAGAGAUAGAGCCAGAAACAGAGCCAGAGUCAGGGCCAGGGUCAGGGUCAAAGCCAAAGCCAAAACCAAAUCCAGAGCCAGUGACAGAGCCAGAGCUAGAGCCACAACCAGAGCGAAAGCCCAAGCCCAAGCCAAAGCCAGAGCCAGGGUCAAGGCUAGAACAUGA